AAGGGGGGAAGCGAACACAGCAACGACUCGUACUCUUUCUCUCUCCACUGGUGACCGUCUCUCUCUCUCUCUCUCUCUCUAGUCUCCAAAAGGGGGGGAGCGAGAGCUCUAUCCCCCGUUCCGAACUAGGGUUUCUUUGCUUUGUUGCUACGAUCUCCGCCUCCGAAUUUGCGAUCUCAAGCUCCGGGGGAGGUUCAGCUUACGAUCGAGGCAGGUAUCGCCACAAUUGGUGCUCCUUUUGCGCGGAUCAGGGCGAUUCGGUGCAUUUCUAGGUUAUUUUGCUCUGGGACUGAGCUAGGUGGAAGCUUUGAUGCUUAGCUCUCGAGGGAGAUAAGGAUUGCGAUUUCUCUUUGAUUAUUUACGUUUAUUUUGUGAGGAUGGUGGAAGGCCCCAGAUUCCCCGGUAUUAUGGUCGGCGGACUAGGGCUCGAAAAUGGCCCCAACUUCAAAGACAUGGCAUACUACCAAAAGCUUGGGGAGGGCUCAAACAUGUCGAUUGACAGCAUUAGCAGCCUGCAGACCACCAAUCAUGGCGGCGGCUCGGUCGCUAUGUCUGUAGAAAGUGUGGGGUCUAGUGAUUCCCACACGGGAAUCCUCAACCACCCGGGCCUCCGUGCUGUUCUACCUGCCAACUAUUCUGUCGGGAACAGCGUGUUCCGCCCCGGUAGGGUUGCUCAUGAAUUGAAUGAUGAUGCACUAGCCCAGGCCUUGAUGGACCCAAGACAUCCUACUGAGACCUUGAAAAGUUACGAGAACUGGACCAUUGAUUUGGGGAAAUUAAACAUGGGUAGGCCAUUUGCUCAAGGGGCUUUCGGGAAACUCUAUAAAGGAACUUAUAAUGGAGAAGAUGUUGCCAUUAAGCUGUUGGAAAGGCCGGAGAAUGAUCCAGAGAGAGCUCAACUGAUGGAGCAGCAGUUUGUGCAAGAAGUCAUGAUGCUGGCUACUUUGAAGCACCCAAACAUAGUGAGGUUUAUUGGGGCAUGUAGGAAGCCUAUGGUGUGGUGCAUUGUGACUGAAUAUGCAAAGGGUGGGUCGGUUAGGCAGUUUCUGAUGAAAAGGCAGAACAGGUCGGUUCCUUUGAAGCUGGCAGUGAAGCAAGCAUUGGAUGUUGCAAGGGGAAUGGCCUAUGUGCAUGGGCUUGGGUUUAUCCAUAGGGAUCUUAAGUCGGACAACCUUCUGAUCUUUGCGGACAAGUCCAUAAAGAUUGCGGAUUUUGGGGUGGCUCGCAUCGAGGUGCAGACUGAGGGGAUGACGCCAGAGACAGGAACGUACCGAUGGAUGGCUCCAGAGAUGAUCCAGCACAGACCAUAUAAUCAAAAAGUUGACGUGUACAGCUUCGGCAUUGUGCUGUGGGAGCUCAUCACCGGGAUGCUCCCAUUUGCAAACAUGACAGCUGUCCAGGCUGCAUUCGCUGUAGUGAACAAGGGCGCCCGCCCGAUCAUCCCACAUGAUUGCCUCCCUGCCCUUGGCGAGAUCAUGACACGCUGCUGGGACCCGAACCCUGAUGUCCGGCCCCCCUUCACCGAGGUUGUCCGGAUGCUUGAAAAUGCCGAGAUGGAGAUCGUCAGCACUGUUCGCAAAGCCCGCUUCCGCUGCUGCAUUUCCCAGCCAAUGACCACCGACUGAGAAAAAAAGUUCAGAGGGAGAGAGAGAGAGAGAGAGAGAGAGAGAGAAGAAAGUAAGGGUAGGGUUUACUGUGUAUUUAUUUACUUACCGUAUUACUAUUAAUCGACUGAAAUGUUGAAGGAGAAAAAUUUCUUGUCAUGUGUGUCUAUUUUUUAAAAUCUCUAGAAGCUUACUUGUCAUCUAGAUUUA